GAUCUCGUAAAAAGACAUAUUGUGACAUUGCGGCUGCGGCUAGUCUUUGCUAUAGGAGGGGUGACCUCCUAUAGGAGGGUUCUUGAGUUUUCGGAAACUCAGAGGCUGUGAAUGGCUGUGAUUGCACUGUUAAUAGUUUUAUUUAUACUGGCCUUCUGGUCUUGGCCAGACUUGCUCGCCCUUUGGCAUUAGAACGACUGUACUCGAAAUAUCAUCUUUCUUCUUUUUUUUUCGUUGUAAUGCCGUGCCCUAAAGAUUAUCUAUCAAAGAAAGCAACAAUUGAUCCCGUGGUUCAGGAUUAUGGUUUUUUUAAUAGUAAACCUGUAAAUGAAUGGACAUUUGAAGAAUAUAUUACAGGAACAAAUCCGGAAAAUCUAGAAGAAGUAUACUUACUUCUCAGACAAUUCAAACAAAGUUUACAAUCAUUAAGACGAAUGAGAAGUCUGGAUAGAAAUUUAAAAUCAUAUAUAGGCAACCUUAAGAAAAGAGACGUAUGAUAAAAUGUUAUGUAUAUAUUUAUUUCUUUUUAUUUAACGUCUUCUAUUAUUUAAGUAUACAAAAGCUGAAUUGCAAGGUUUUUUACCACAGAAGAAUAAUAAGACAAAUAGUAGUGUUACUAUAAAUAUGAACAAAUCCACGAUACUAAGUGCGAAUGGCAACUCAAAAGUUGUAAUAAAUCAGGCCAAUAGUGUAUGUAUCUUAACACUCAGAAAAGUAUGAUUUAAACACUUACAAA